UCAUGGUGGCGGACGGACUUGUCCUCGCCAUGUCUUCCCACAAGACUUUCAGAAUCAAGUGCUUCCUGGCUAAGAAACAAAAGCAGAACCGUCAUAUUCCUCAGUGGAUUCGAAUGAAAACUGGUAAUAAGAUCAGGUCCAACUCCAAGAGGAGACACUGGAGAAGAACAAAGCUGGAUCUAUAAGGAUUCCUCUAAGAUGCACACGUGUUUAUGCUGGGAUAGACUGCUAGUAUUUUGAGCGAAGCACUGUUGUCUUACACACUUGAUUAGGACCCCGCUUGGCCUUGUAUCUCUUCCUGUUACCUGACUCAGUAAUAAUAAAUAUGUGAGCUAUUUGAAAAAAAAAAAAAAUAUAUAUAUAUAUAUGAAACUGAGACUGGUGCCUGUCCCACCAGGACAGACAGAAGAACUGCCUGGCAUAUAUAUGAAGUUAAGAGAGAAAGGUGAACACUUGAGAUUGGGACUGAUUACUGAGCUCCAACUAUAGAGUUAACUGAGACAUGAUUCCUAUCCUUAGAAAGCUCACACCAUAGCCAACAAGGCAGCCAUACUGUCUGUGCCACAAAUGAGACAAGCACCAAACUCUCUGAAUGCUGGAAGCUACCCCCAACUAGCUGGGCCUGGCAUGGGGGAAGGAUCUGAGAGAGGACUGAGGAGAUGUGGAGUAUUACAGCAUGAAAGGAUGCUAUAAACAGACCAAACUUUUUUGACUUGAAAUUUUGCCUUUUUUUUUUUUUUUUUUGCCUCCAGGGUUAUCAGUGGGGCUCAGUGCCUGUGCAGUCAUCUCUUCCAUUUUGUUGUUGUUGGAUAGGACAAAGAGAAAUUGAGAGGGGAGAGGAAGACGGGGGGUGGGGAAUAGACACCUGCAGGCCUGCUUCACCACUUGCAAAGUGACCACCUUGCAGGUAGGGAGCCAGAGGCUUGAACCUGGAUCCUUAAGCAGGUCCUUGCACUUCAUACUAUAUGUACUUAACCUAGCACACUACCUAGUGUGCUGCUUCCUGGCCCCCGGAAAUCUUGCCUUCUAAUCACAAACUCCCUGGCCCUCAGGAAGGGGCUGGUACAUUCCAAGCACUCUGAAGGAUAUUAUCUCCAAAGUCAUAUGAGCUCAACUUUGAAUGGGUCUUUUUCUGUCUCUUUCUCUCUCUCUCUCUCUCUCUCUCUCACUAUAACCUGUUUUCAUAGAAACUGCUCACUGGGUGGGGAAGAUAGCAUAACGGUUGUGCAAAGAAACUCUUAUGCCUUAGGAUUCAAAGUCCCAGGUUCAAUCCCCUGCACCACCAUAAACCUGAGCUGCUCAUUGGUAGUAAAAAAAAAAAAAAAAUGCUCACUAUGGAGGGAAUUUUUGCACACGAAGCUUCUGUAGCUAUCAAGGAAGUAAACUGAAAGGCAGGAAAGCCCCAAACUUCCCUCUACCUCUGUCUUUGCCAGAGUCAGCUUCAGAUUCAGUUUAGGAUAUCCCCCCCCAAAGUCAGAAAGGAAAGGAAA